AUGACUUUGAAGCCAGAUGCAGCCGCCUCGCAGGCCCCCAUCGACACCGAAAAACAAGCAAGCAGUUGUUCGGAUCUCCCUUCAGCGGCUAAGGAUGAUAGCCCACGCGAUAUUCACGGCGCCCUAUGGCUAGCUGUGGUCCUCGGCAUCUUCAGUUCAACUUUCCUCUUUGGCCUUGAUAAUACCAUUGUCGCCAAUAUCCAGCCCGCUAUCGUCAAGUCGCUGGAUGGUGUUGAGAAACUGGCCUGGUCCGGUGUGGCCUUUAUUAUGGCCUCCAGCGCAACGGUGCUUACCUGGCUGCAAAUCUUUAACCAGUUCAACAUCAAAUGGAUGUAUAUCUUCUCCAUCGUCGUAUUCCUGGCUGGCUCUGCUGUCUGUGGAGCUGCCCAGACGAUGGAUAUCCUGAUCGGAGGGCGAGUCAUCUGUGGUAUCGGCGGCGUUGGCCAGUACGUGGGAGUCAUGAACUUUCUCCCUCGUCUGACCUCCUUGCGAGAACGGCCGAUAUACGUUAGCGCAAUUGGUCUUACCUGGGGUGCAGGUACUGUCCUGGGGCCAAUCAUCGGCGGUGCCUUUACCGAUAGCUCUGCUGGAUGGAGAUGGUCCUUUUAUAUCAACCUGGUUGUUGGCGGCCUUUGUAUGCCCGUCUAUAUAUUCCUCCUCCCAUCCCUUGAACCACAGCCCACUUCCGGAGUCCCUAUUAUGGAUAAGCUGAAGAAAUUGGACAUCGUUGGAUCGCUGAUCUUAAUGGGAUCAUUUGUGGCAAGUGUUAUUGGUCUUAACUUCGCUGGAGCCCUUUACCCCUGGAGUUCCCCUGGUAUCAUCGCUGCACUCGUUCUAGGGGCUGUUGGUUUCAUUGUCUUUGGGGUUCAGCAAAGCUACUGCAUCCUCACCACCGAAGAAACACGCCUCUUCCCCGUGGAGCUGAUAUCAUGGCGCAAGCCGCUCCUUAGUCUGCUAUUUCUAUGCGGUUGUUGUACCAGCGUCUGUGUAACAAUCCCAGCAUAUAUCAUUCCGCUAUAUUUCCAGUUCACCGCCGGUGAUAAAUCAUUGGAGUCCGGGGUCCGGCUAUUGCCAUUUGUCUGCCUUCUUGUUUUUAGCUGUGUUGGCGGCGGGAUUCUUGCUUCCCGCGUUGGAUACUACCUCCCCUGGUAUCUUGUUGGGGGGGCACUCUCUCUUAUUGGAGCUUCACUGAUAUAUACGGCAAACCUGGGAACUAGCCCUGGAGCUAUAUACGGAUAUAGUGCUCUUAUUGGCCUAGGGUCAGGAAUGUAUCUUCAGCUUGGUCAUUCCGUAGCCCAGGCUAAGGUGAGCCCGGAUAAGGUAUCCGCCGCUAUUGCCUUUACGACAACCGCCCAGCUAAAUGGAAUGACUAUUGCGCUGGUGAUUGCUCAGUGUGUUUUUGUUAAUGAAGCUGCUAAGGGAAUUGCGAGAGUGCUUCCGCAUGAGCCCCAUUCCACUAUUAUCGAUGCUAUCACCGGAACUGGCUCAACAUUUGUACACGAUCUGGAACCAAAUACAAGGACAGCAGUGUUGGCUGCAAUUGUAACCGCGAUCGAUAGAACCUAUAUCUUGUGUAUAGCGGCUGGAGCCGCUACAGUCCUAUCAACAUUUGGUAUGAAGUGGGAACGGCUGUUUAUCUCUGCGGUGGCUGCUUGA